UGAGACUACGCGACAGUCAUCAACACGCGACAGUCCCAAGCCCUGCAACCGCUGUUUCUGUUUCUCACGCAAUGACUCACCAGUACUGAACAGUCGGCGAGCUUCAGGUACAAAAGAACGACGCCCAAACAAGCCCCGCGCCGCCGUCAAAAGAAGCUGCGUCGUCGCCAUUCCGCUUCCGAGAUACUAAAGCGCUUCGCAGAUCAGACAACCACCGCCAGCUCAGAACACUAUUCCAGCCAUUUUAGAACCUUCCCAGAAUGCACCGCUUCUUCUGGAGGUUUGUUUUUUUAAAUUGGCGGAAAGGAAGGGGCGGCCUUUGUGGCGCGGCGUGUUUGUGGUCCAGCCUGUUUCCGGGCAAAGAGCGGAGCCGCCAUGGCUGAUCUCUCUUCUUCUCCGGCUUCCUCCUGGGAGUUCCAUUUGCCUCUGUCUCCCACCGACUUGCUUCGCAGUGCGGGAUCCUUGCAAUACGUGGUGCAGGAGGUACUGCCCCUCAAACAGCUCCCGGGGCAGCUGGCAGUGUUCCGGACAGUAUUUCGCACACAAGGACCUCUUGCUAUCCUGCAGCAAUUUGAUACUCUGUACAGUAUCCUACACCACUUCAGAACUGUUGAUCCUGCUGUUAAAGAAGAUGCUCUAGAACUGAUGAUGAAAGUUGUCACCAGUCACUCCAGUGCACUGACAGCCAUCAUGAAUGAUGCUGACCUAGUACCCUCACUUCGUCUUCUUCAUCUUAAUGCUCUCAAGAUGAACUGUUACCUACUAGUACGUCUGGUAGAGGCUUUUGAAAUAGAGACUGGCAAGAGCAACGUGGUGGGACUGGAUUCCAAGCGGAAGAGCAAGAAGAGCCAGGCUAAAAGCUUUCUCUGGGAGGAGGAAAGGCAAUUGGUUGUACAGCUACUUGUGCACUUACUUCAACUGGAUCUUCAUCGACUGUGGAGUAACUUGAUAGUUGAGGAAGAGUUUAUCAGCUUAGUGAGUGGCUGCUGUUACCGCAUCCUGGAAAAUCCUAAUAUUGGCUACCAGAGACAUCGACCUACACGAGAGGCAGUGAUUCAUCUACUUGGUGUCGCUCUACUACGUUAUAACCAUAUGCUCAGUGCCACUCUGAAGGUCACACAGAUGCUUCAGCACUUUGAACAUGUGGCUCCAGUGUUUGUGGAGGCUGUGAGUGUAUGGAUCAAAGAUUAUGGAAUGAAAAGCAUUGUGGGGGAGUUGCUCAGGGAGAUUGGACAGAAGUGCCCUCAGGAGCUGUCCCGAGAUGCCUUGGGGGUGAAAGGCUAUGCUGCCUUCCUUGUAGAACUGGCUGGACAAAUGCCUGCCGUUGUGCUGGCUAAUAUGAGUGUCCUGCUGCAUCACCUGGAUGGAGAGAGCUAUGGGAUGCGCAAUGCUCUUUUGGCUGCUAUGGCAGAGGUGCUGCUGCAGGUGCUGAAUGGAGAGCAGCUGGAAGAAGCUGCCAAAAAUACAAGGGAUCAGUUCUUGGAUACUCUGCAGGCGCACACAUGUGAUGUCCAUGGCUUUGUGCGCAGUCGUGUGCUUCAGCUCUUCACCCGCAUUGUGCAACAAAAAGCUCUGCCCUUAACUCGAUUCCAUGCCGUAGCUUGCUUAGCUGUGGGUCGGCUACAGGACAAAACCGUAACUGUGGUUAAGAAUGCUAUUCAGCUGUUGGCUGCCUUCCUUUCCAACAAUCCUUUCUCCUGUAAGCUGAGCUGCACAGAUUUAACUGAACUGCUUGAGAAGGAGAGGCAGAAACUUCAGGAAAUGAAGGACAAUUGCAGGACCAAAGCUGCUAUGGUGAUCUCCUCAGAGGAGGAGUGGGAAGCAAUGCAGCCAGAGCUCCAGGCAACCUUGAAAAGCUGUCUUUGCUCACAAAAGCAGGAAGAAAAGGUGGAUGGGCUUGAGGCGGGGAACCCAGCGCAGCUAUUUGACAGCAUCAUCCAGCUGUUAAGAAAGUCCAAUUACAAGGGUGCCAUCCACCUGACACAAGAAGGUAUGCACCAGUUCCAAGCGGUGGAGCCCUUCAGCAGACCAAGAACAGAGGGUGAUGAAGAAGACUUUAUCCUUAGUGUGUUGAGAACACUCUACUUAGGUUCCCAGGCUGAGCGAGGUGGCCAAGGAUCCACAGAUGGGAAUGAAGAGCAACCACAGGAAGCAGACCAGGUGCAGCCACCAUCAGAAUUGGUAAAGCAGGAGAUGCUGGUACAGUACCUACAGGAUGCCUACAACUUUUCUGCAAAAAUCACCGAAGCCUUGAGCUUGGUCUCCAGACUAAUGUAUGAAAGUUCAGUCUCUGUGGUGCAAGAAGCCAUUGAAUUCUUUGUGGUAGUCUCUCAGUUUGGUGUCCCUGAGGCUGUGCUUGGAGUCCGUCGAAUGCUUCCGCUCAUAUGGUCUAAGGAGCCAGGAAUCAGAGAUGCCGUAUUGGAUGCCUACAGGAGGCUCUAUCUGAACCCUAGCGGAGACUCUGAAAGGGCUCGAGCCCAGCACUUGGUGCAGUCUCUUUCCCUCCUCAUGGUGGAUGCAUCACUGGGGACUGCUCAGUGUCUUGGAGAAAUUAUCUCUGAGUUUGUGCAAAAAGAUGAAAUAAAACCCACUGUGGUCCAGCUGCUCUGGGAACGGUUUACAGAGAAAUCGCAGUGCUCAGCGUUGAAGCGCCAUGCUGCCAUCAUGCUUCUGGGCAUGAUGGCACGAGGGAAGCCUGAGAUCGUGGGGAGCAACCUGGAUGUUUUGGUAGCAGUUGGGCUGGACGAGAGAGUGCAUGAAGAUUAUCGCCUUGCCCAAGAAGUGUGUAAUGCCAUCUCCAAAAUUGCAAAUAGCCAGAAGCCUGGCCUUGGGAAAAGCAGCCCUCCCUUCCGGCUUCCACAGUCACACCUGCUCUUUGAACGUCUGUGUGAGGUUAUAACUGAGGGCUUUGCUAGAUCAAGUGCAUACUGGAUCCCUUUCACAGAGAUGGCAGUUGCUCUCAUCUAUCAGUUGGCAGAAGGGCCUGAAGAAAUAUGUGCUCAGGUCUUGCAACGUUGUAGUCGGCAGGCCCUGGAGAAGUUGCCCGAGUCUGAAGGGGCCGAGGCAGAGCCUGGAUCAUCAUCUCCCAAUGAAGUUGCUAGUGACCCUAAUUCUAUUGAUAUUGUGGUGUUGACACAUCUGAUCUCCCUUGCUGGGGAUGUGGCAUUGCAGCAACUUGUCCAUCUGGAGUUGUCAGUAAGCACUGAGCUACGCAGGCGCCGGGUCAUUGGGGAAGAACGUGAAGCAAAAGAACAGGCUGUAAGCAAAACAAAGGUGCCAAAUGACAAGAGCAGUGGGAAUGGGACCACCAUGGAAGAGGACCUUGGCUUGGUUGGGGCCUCUGCUGACGACACUGAAGCAGAGCUCAUCCGCACUAUUUGUGAGACGGAGCUGUUGGACGGGAAACAGCUGCUUUCAGCCUUUUUUCCCCUGGUGCUCAAGAUUUGCAACAACCCAGGACUCUACAGUGAUCCAGCACUCUCAGCCACUGCUGCAUUGGCCCUUGGAAAAUUCUGCAUGAUCAGUUCGGAAUUCUGUGACUCUCAUUUGCGACUCUUCUUCACAAUGAUGGAAAAAUCCACCCUCCCUAGUGUGCGUGCCAACCUCAUGAUUGCAGCUGGAGACCUGGCCAUCCGUUUCCCCAACUUGGUGGAGCCCUGGACAUUCCACCUCUAUGCUAGGUUGCGGGACCCUUGUCAGCAUGUGAGGCAGACAGCUGCUUUGGUUAUGACUCACCUGAUCCUGAAGGAUAUGGUAAAAGUGAAGGGGCAGGUGAGCGAGAUGGCAGCUCUUCUCAUUGAUCCGGAAGAGGAGAUUGUGGGACUGGCUCGAAACUUCUUCACUGAACUCUCCAGCAAGGAUAACGCUGUGUACAACUUGCUUCCAGACAUCAUCAGCCGUCUCUCAGAUCCAGACUCUGGCAUAGAGGAGCAGCCUUUCCGCACUGUUAUGAGGCAGCUCUUCUCAUUUAUCACGAAGGACAAGCAGACAGAGAGCCUGGUGGAAAAGCUUUGUCAGCGGUUUCGGACUGCUCGAACAGAGCGUCAACACCACGAUCUGGCAUACUGCCUUACCUUGCUUCCACUCACUGAACGAGGUCUCCGUAAGAUGCAAGACAACUUUGAUUGCUUUGCUGACAAACUUCAGGACACAGCUGUCUACAAUUGCUUCCUGGCUGUGCUGAGCCGGCUUCGCAGGGUGGGCACUAAGCCUGAGAUGAAGGCGCUUACUGAAGAAUUUGAGCAGAAGCUCCGGAUGUGCCACAACAGGGGCCUGGACUCUCUCACUGAAGCUCCUCCUCAAGAGUCCACAGGCCACAAAGGCAGAAAUACCCCUCUGCAUCAGACAGCAAAGAAAGCAGCAGCAAGCUCACGUCGGCGACCUCUGCGUGCAGCCAACAGAGAGGCUGGCUCACCCUUUUUCACUCCUGAGCCCCGUGUUUCCAAACCCUCCAGAAAGACUUCAAGACUGAAAGUUUCUGUUGUCUUCUCUAGCGAUGAAGAGAACAGCCCAGAGGAAGAACUCUGUGCCGAACUGACAGAUGAGGAGACGCCAAGCAAAAGGACUCCCAUUUCCCGUGCAUCUCGCUGUGGUCGGUGAUGAUGAUGCCCUUCAUAGACUCUCUCUUGGUUAACGGGGAUAAAGCUCACAAGUUUUGGAUGUACUGCUUCUCCAGGUUUUGCACAUGUUAAAGCAAUGCAGUGUGGCAGCUUGGACUUUGAGAUCUUGCAUCACAACAUGGAGAUUGCUCAGCCUCUCCAACCACAAGCUUUCAAGAAGAUGAAGGCGUUAGUAUGCACAAGCGCAUGACUAGUAAAAUGGGCAGCAUAGGCCUUGAGUAAAUAUGUGCCAUUUCAUGCAAAGUACUAACUCUUUAUUUUGGAUGGGUUCUUGAUUUUUCAAAGUGCCCCUGAGAACUAUAAUAUCAUUUUUCUUAAAUGUAAAAUAUGUAGAUUACAGUAAAUGCCAUUCAUAUUAAAAAAAAAACUUCUAUCCAGUCUUAUGUGACCACAGUACCUAUUCCACUAUUAAAAUUUUCACUU